UAAACUUUAGCCAUCAUAUGUAUAACUGUGACAAUCGCAGGGUAUUUUCUGUAAGGUGUAAUAAAGAUAAGGAUGCCAUUGUUUCUCUCGAUGGAUGAAUUGUUGCAACUUUUCCCACACACAACAGAUUUCAGUUACUUUUAUCAUUUGUUUUUAUUCUGUGUUCAACAUCACUUUUGCUGUUCAAUGAUGGACUUUCACAGUGAAUUUUCUCAACAUAUUCACCCAGUGAUCUACAAUGAUGGUCUAUUUUCAGACGAGGAAUUCAUAGGCGUGGAUACAUCGACACUAUUACCAGUUCUUUCACCAACCAUUGUUGAAUCCGUUUUUGACUCUGACAAAGACCAAACACCUAUAAAUAAACAGAAAAAUGGAAAUGAAAGUAUUUCUCUCAAGAAAGAAAGAAUGCUCGAAAAUGGACAAAUCAAGAUAUUUACUCAAGCGAUUGACUCUUAUUACAACUCAACUUCGGACUCAGUAUCACCAUCUCUAUCAUCUACAACAUCUCCUUCAACUGGUUAUAUCAACUCAAAUGCAGUCAAUGAUAUUGAAAUGUCACCGACUAGUGAAUAUUUCAAAUCAUCGAGAAUCACAAAUCAAGUUGCCAGGAUCUCCGAGAACAGUGUCUCAGCGGAUAAUUGCCAAGUGAAAAAGACUUGGAACUCUAAUGUAGGGAAAAAGAUAUUGGCUGUUCAUUUUUCACCUAUGAACAUAAAAUCGGAAUUCUUGUCCACACAAACCAUGUUGGAUGGAUUUGAAGCAUUUGCUUUACAAGAGGCAGCUAAUGCUAUUCAAGGGAUUAUAAUUCACGAACACUCCGAGGAAAUUUUGAAAGCACACCAAGCUGAUCUAUGCGCUGAUCCACGUCCUGUCGAUCUUGUGCGUGCUUGUGAAAAGUCUCGUGCAUUUAGGAAAUUACAUUUGGAGGAUAAAAUUGAAUUAUUGAAAAAUGCCUUCUUGGAUCUCAAUGUAAUGAAAAAUGUGAUAACUUUUAAUCCAAAACUCGACGGUUGGCUUUUUUGCGGUAAUAUUUACACACGGCAAAGACUCUUUUUGAAAAAUCCAGAUCUGCGUAAAAAAGCUUUCAAUAUUAUGGAUACUUUCCCAGUUCGAUUUAAAACUGAUAUUAAUGUCUGUGCGUUACUUUUUUUAAUCAUCAUUUUUAACGCUGAUUUACCCGAUUUGAUGUACCGAAAUACAAUCAAAUCAGAACAAUACGUUUAUAUUUAUUUAUUGAGACGAUAUUUGGUUUCAUGUAUCGAGCCAACUUGUGAAGCUUUGGACUAUUUUUAUCAGCUGAUGGAUAUGAUUGAAGAAAUUCAAGAACUGAAGGUAGCUACUGAAACCGACUUUGAUUCCGCUCGAGCCAACGGUUCUUAUUUGCUACAGAAUCGCGUCGUUAGAUAUAUUGAGCUUGGAAGCGUUCAACAAUAAUUGGAGCUCGUUGAUUCCAAAGCUAUGAAUCCAAGGAUUACUAUCAUGAUUUAAGUGGUUUUGUGGUCUAAGGUCCAUGAUUUGUGAAAUAGACUAAAAAUCAAUGGAGAGCUAUCAAGCAAAGUGCAAUUGGCAAGGAUCACUCUCUGUGUUAUAACCCAUAAACAAAAAAAACGCCUGCCAAUGACAGUUCAUCUGAAUAAACACUGGGAAAUGCACCUGUUUUAAGAUUCACAAGUUCAAAUAAGAAAAUUUCUUGGUCUAUCGUAUGAUUUUCGAUGGUUUGCCCUGGUAUCUUUCAAGCAACAUUAUGAUGUACAAAUUCGAGGAUUUUGAUUUUAAAUGAUUGUAAACCAAAAUUGUUAAUUUGGCAUAAUCAAUGAAACAAAUCAUGAAACUCACAAUCAAGACAAAGUGCCAUUAUUAAAGACACAUUCUCAUGUUACGUGGAUUUUUUGAUAUUAAUUGGUAUUCUCAGUUGAAUUGAUUUUUCUGGCCAUGAAUGUUUCAUUGGAUACACUGACAUAAAACGCUAAACAUUAAAAUACAUUAUUUAAUUCUUAA